CCCAGGUUCAGGUCAGCUCACUGUGUGUCCGCGGGAGUCGAGUUAUCUUCCUGGGCCUAGCUGAAGGUCAGUCUGGUCCUCCCUCUUCCCCCCUGUGUGUGUAGCAGACCAUCCAGUGUGACCCCCAAAGUAAAUGUUGAGAGGAGACAACAGCAACGACUCUGUCAUCUCCAGGAGAGCUCCUUAGACCCAGCCUCUUCCACCGGACAAAAUUGACAGUUGAUCCUGUUAGAAAAUGGCGCUUAAGUCAUGGUUUAUCUACAGAUGGCGACAGAUAUGCGCAUCGUGCGUGGUGGUGUGCGCAGUGCUGUGCACAGGGAUGGUGGUGGGCUGGUCGGUGGAGGUGUCCCGCAUCAUGGAGGACCCCAACACCAACUUCAACUUAACUAUCAACGACCAGGAGUGGCUCGUGUCUUGCGCAGGUGUGAUGGCCAUCUUCUCGACGGCUGCCAGCGGGAUGCUGGUGGAGGCUGUGGGUCCUUGUCGCUUGCUGGGCUUCGUUCUCCUGCCGGCGACCAUUGGCUGGAUCCUCAUGGCUGCCACAGACUCGCUGCCCUGGAUCUACGUGGGCAGAGUCGUCACUGGCGGCGUUGGAUUUAUGGUUACUACCGUGGCACAGCCUCUGCUGGCGGAGAUGUGCACCGCUGACGUGCGCGGUCUGCUGUCAUCGCUGCCGGAGAUGAUGGUGAGCGUGGGCAUGCUGUUGGUGUACGUAAUGGCUCGCUUCCUCGACUGGCAGAACACCACCCUCGUCUGUGGCCUCCUCAUCUUCCCCGUCUCCGUCGCUGUUCUCUUCGUACCCGAGUCUCCUUACUGGCUCCUCAAGAAGGGCAAGGAGAAGAUAGCUCUCAGGGCUCUGAUGCAGCUGCGGGCCCCCGAACAUGACGUGGAUGCUGAGCUCAGCACUAUUCGUGACUCCCUCGUCCAGCAGGCCCAGCACGGCUCCUUUCUGCAGCAGUUCCGUUCACUGAAGGAGCCAGGAAACUACCGUCCGGUGGUGCUGGUAACGGUCAUCUUCAUCCUGCGGGAGCUGGGAGGAGCCAUGGUCAUCUUCAUGUACUCCGUCUUCUUCUUCGUCAACGCUGGGGUCUCCAUAGACCCCUUCACCUGCUCCGUUCUGGUGGGCAUCUGCCGUCUGCUCUUCACACUCAUUUCUGCCUCCAUCAUCGACAGGCUUGGACGGAGACCUCUACUGAUCACCUCCUCCAUCAUCUGUGGUCUCGCUCUCUUUGUCACUGGCGGCGUGCUGUACUCUGACGAUCAGGGGGUAGGCUGGGUGCCGCUCACAGCAGUGAUGGUCUACGUGGCCUCCUUCGGUCUGGGAGCCGGACCUGUCCCUUGGAUCCUCCUAGGGGAACUCCUGCCCACGCCUGUACGCUCCCUCGGCGCCUCCAUCGUCACCAGCAUCUUCGUCAUGUCCCUAUUCCUCGUCACUCAGGUUUUCCCUGAGCUGACCGUUGUUAUGGGGCUACGGAACGCUGUCCUUGUCUUCGGUGCCUUUGAAAUCCUGCUGGCGCUGGUGGUGUUCCUCUUCCUGCCGGAGACCCGAGGCCGCACCCUGGAGGAGCUGCAGAACGCCUUCGUCGGCAGCUCCGCCCUCACACCCUUCUCCCACGCUAGCCGCGAGGGAUACGCUCCCGCCUACGGCAGCACCUUCCCUUCAAGUUCCCAGAUAAUGGAGAAGGUUCGCUAGGCUUGGGUAACCUCGUCUAGACCUGGGUGACCUCGUCUAGGCCUGGGUGACCUCGUCUGGGCCUGGGUGACCUCGUCUAGGCCUGGGUGACCUCGUCUGGGCCUGGGUGACCUCGUCUAGGCCUGGGGCGACCUCGCCUAGGCCUGGGUGACCUCGUCUGGGCCUGGGUGACCUCGUCUAGGCCUGGGGUGACCUCGUCUAGGCCUGGGUGACCUCGUCUGGGCCUGGGUGACCUCGUCUAGGCCUGGGUGACCUCGUCUGGGCAUGGGUGACCUCGUCUAGGCCUGGGUGACCUCGUCUGGGCCUGGGUGACCUCGUCUAGGCCUGGGUGACCUCGUCUGGGCCUGGGUGACCUCGUCUGGGCCUGGGUGACCUCGUCUAGGCCUGGGUGACCUCGUCUGGGCCUGGGUGACCUCGUCUAGGCCUGCGUGACCUCGUCUAAACAUGGACGAUCCCAACCAGUCUUGAGUAACAUAGCUAAGGUACAAGUGUCCGGAAUUCACCUACUGACCUGCCUGCGACAAAACUCUCGCCACUUUAACUGGUAACAGUAAUAUUAAGGUAUCCUACUGCACACUGUUAAUAUUUUAAAGUAUUAAAUGAGUGUGUACCCAAUAAAGUGGAAUGAAUGGCAUUUGGUUAAACAUAAUAUUGGCGGUCUUUUGCUGUCUGGUAGAACGCGCGUCUUAGAGAUUAACUAUAAUUGUUUAAGAAAUUUAAAUUUCAUUAAAUAUCACAUAUUACCAGAAAUCUUAAGCCAAAUAUCUCAAGUUUGUCUACUGUGAAUAGUGUAUGCGCUAUUAACCAAUAGGUGAAUGCACUGUAACCGUUCCACCGGCCACCACUGUGGGGUGAAUGAUUAUGUAACUAGGCUACCGCAAAUGUAAAUGACUUAGCUUAAAGAUAAUCGAAAUCUAGUAUCUGAUUCCAUUAUGUGACUGUAAUCUUUCUGCCACUCACCCACAAGAUGAGGGGUAAUUGGUCCUUAAUAAACUUUAAACUAAAACUCCAAGUAAGAAAUUAAGAUUAUAUGCAUAUUGCCAUUUUCAGCUUGUAACCCGAACCUUCGGGAUCAAUAAAAAGUACAGUAU